UAUUUCAAUAGUUACAAUUAACAAAUUUAUAGAUUUUUGCCCGAAAAAUUGAGGUAUUUUGACUUAAAUUUUUUAUGUAUUACUGUAUAUGUGUUCUAGUUAAAUAUUGCAGGGAAUAUUCUAACACUAAAAGAGGUUUUAUGUCUCCAUUUCAUAUAGUAACGUAUGUUGUAAUGUAAUCCCUACAAAUGAAGUCAAACUAUGCAUAUUGAUUGGUGCUUUGAUAAGAACAUGUUCCCAUAUAUAGUCACGGAAUACGAGCUGACCAGGGUAAUAAUUUCAAAUCAUUUCGUGGUUUCUGCAGCUGUUUUGGGGAUUAAUCCUAUUUUGUGAUUGAAAGAUAAAAUAUUUGUGGUUUUUACAAAGAGGAGAUUCAUUACAGACACAAUAUCAGGAAAAAAGAAUUCAUUAACGCAUCUGUAAUUUCCAUGGCAACAUUAGUUCACAUAUUGUAGGCAACUAUUGUCUAUAGUAUUCUUGUUAUUGUUAAAAAAUGUCAUUGAGAAGUAAAUGAAUUAUUACUAGUAAAUACAUUAUAUGGUAUAACUGUCAUAACAGUAAUAUUCUCUUUAGCACCACCUGACAAUGCUGCUUUUAUGAGAUGCUUACUUAUUUCUACAGCUACAAGAUCAGUAUCAUAUCUCAUUACUAAGUCUCUUAACAACUUUGAAAGUGACCUUUCCUUUUGUUCAAUAGGUUGAGUAGAGCUUGUAGUAUCUUGUUCAUUCAUAUCAGAGGUGUUUGAUGGUAAAGAAUCUUGGCCGUUUGAGACACAGUUACAUGUUGCAUUGUUUAUAUUCAAACAUUGAGAGCAUUUGUUUUCAUUCAAAUUUGCGUGGUUCCCAGUCUCUGAAGCAUUAAAGUCAUUAUUUCCUACUAUUUCUCCUUUGUCUAGUUGAUUAAUUGUAUCUGAGGAUUCUGUUUUCAAAGAAUCUUCACUUUGAAUAAUAUUAAUUUUAAUAGAAUCACUACAAUUACUUUUAUCAGAAUUUACACUAUUUCCUGCAGCCCCUAAUUUAUUUCCUUUCAACCAUUCCUUAAUUAAUAACACCGCUUCAUUCUCAUUGAAAACCUGCCAAAAACUGCAAGAUGCAACCAAAAUGAUCUGACUAUCUGCAAGUGGAACACAACAGACUGCCGGGACAUUUAUGAUACCCGACUUCAGAAGAGGAUCACCAUGGUUACCCAGGCCCCUUGUCGUCAUAGCUACACCAUUGACCCACAAGGUUUUAGAGCACUUGUGAAUAUCACCACUUGCUUUGAUUCUAUGUUUUUCUUUCUUAUUGGCUGGAGUGUGGUCUUCGGUCAGCGUUCGAAACGAAUCAUCGUCCUUGAUCAGGGCUGCUUUAACAUUGCCGACAUUUGCAACAUGGAUAGUAUUGUCAAUAAGCACACAUGUGCUUGCUGAACAACCACUCCAACGAUUACGGGAUGUCUCGUUGGUGCCAUGGAGCAACACUUUAUCCAUAUUGUCAAAAGCUUGUUGAAAACCACCCAAAAGUUGGCAAUGAUCUAUAUCUUCAAUACAUUCAUUAAAGUUAAAAUUGUCGUGUGUUUCUUUCAAAAUUUGGUAAAAUUGACGAGCACAUUGUUUAGCAGCUGUCGGGCCACUGUAUCCAUCAAACACUGCAAAGUAUGUGAUUAACCGCCCUUCUGAAAAUUCAUACAUGUAACUAUAUGCAUCUUCCAUUACUGACUUCCAUUUUUCAUUUGUCGACUCACACACCCCUAGAGCAACCCCCUCGUGUAACUUUGCCCUGACUGACCGAAUCAUGACAUCAUGAUGUUCAAUAAAAGAUGGUUUAACUUUGUUCGAUCGACCACAAAUAUCUGACUUUAUAACCUCGUAAGCUAAAUCAAUUUUUCCCAGCUCUUUGCGGUAGGCAGAACGACUUAUGUUUAAAACUUUAUUCAAAUCUUUUAUUAAGGUUGCACGUUUUCGACUUAAUGCUUGUUCAUUAGUAGGCUUCGCCUGGAAAUCGUACUGGAACAAGGCCAAAGCUUCGUGCAAUGUACGAUGAUCUUGUAAACUCUUCAGGUUAACAUAAUUGCUACAUUUUAGACAUAACAUUGAGACAUUCGUUGCUUGAAAUGUCUCAAUUUCUUCGUGUUCUGUAAUAGGACUGUCAGAAGAUUUUAUAAUUGGCAAAACGUUUUCCGUAGUUGGUGUAGAUUUCUCACGAUUUUGCAACAUUUCUGGUGCGAAUGAAUCCAUAAAUUCAGCAGACAUUUACAAUUUACAUUACGUGAUUACGGUCAAAGUAUUUGAUCCGCUUAAUUUUAAAACUAAUACGUUUCCAUGGCAUAUUUUCCGGGGAGAACUGCUAGCAUUCAACAUUUUUCCCUGCAUCCCCCCCCUUCCCCAAAUGCUCACACCCGAUUGGCCAAAGUGAAGGUUGACGCGCGGGGGACAUGGGUACGAGUGUAUUGUUGUCAAGGAAAUAAAGAGGAAAACCAUUAAGGAAUUUGGCGGAUUUUUGCGUCGUUUCAAAAUUUUACAAACUUUGAAGCAAAACGUGUUGUGAAAAUCACGCAAAAAUACUCAUUUUUUCCACUCAAUCGACCUCAAGAAUGAAUGACAGAAGUAAAGAAAGUGGUAAGGGUAAACGUUUUAAAAAGGACUGCAAAAAUACUGGUAUUUUGAAUGUUUAUAUUUGUUUGAAUUUUACACGUUCACUGGGUGACCCUUUCACAGUUUUACUGUUUAUAGUCGACUGCUGCAGCUUAUAAUUGGUUUGAUGCUUCAUUUUCAGCCUAGAAUUGACUGGAAAAUUUUUAAACAAUGAUAGUUUCUUUGCAUAAAGGGGCAAGAAUCUUCAAUAUCUUAAAAAUAAGCUCAUAGUGUAUUUGUAAAAGGAGAUCCCAGGUAGAUCCUUGCUAUUAUUUUUUAAGACUAUAGAAAGCUGUUAGUUGACAUUUAGUGCAUUAAACAUACGCUAGUGUAAAUUUUACCUAACCUGAGUAAUCCCUGAAUAUAUAUGCCAUCAAAAAACAUGCUUUAAAAUGCUGAAAAAUUACAGUCUCCCUCAAAAACAAUGCAUUACAGCCAUUACUCAUAGUUCAUAUGUGCAAGGCAGACUGCUUUCUAUCCAGUCUCUGACUGGGCCUUCAGCAACUAAGCAGGCAAGCAUUAAGGCAUUGAUGUGUUUUUGGUAAGCUUUAGGAAAUGCUGCAUUAAACUACAAUUCUGUUCAUUUUCUUCCCAGACAAGGCUAUCACACAUAAUAAGAAAUUUUCUCUGAUAAUUUACUGUCGACAUGACCAUCUGCCACACGAUAGUGCUUUUGUCGAAACACAUGUAAUGUGUAAGCCACUGUGAAACUCCUUGUACAUUUCUAAUAUUUAUUUACACAGGUGUUGCACAUGACAUAAGACCAAUGGCUGACCGACCUGUCAUUGAUCCACCUGUGCUGUCUCAGAUAACCUGUUUGGGUGGACCCUCAGAUGAUACUGACGGCAUAAACACUGCCAGAAAUAACUUGCAAAGAAAAGAUGAAACAAGUUUUGUCAAGUUAUGCAGAGAAGGUGGACACAAGGGUACAGUGAAAUAAGUAAAUUUCAUGGGUGAAACUAACUCUAUUUGUAUUGGAUCAGGGCCUGGGAUCAUGACAGUGUUUUUCAACAUAUUACUCUUUAUAAUUGCAUAGUAUAUCUGGCACUGACACCAGCCCUCGAAAACCGUCAAAAUUGAGGUCGGCAAAAAAAUGCCGACCUAUAAAAUCUGACCUAGGUCAGCACAUCUCGGCAUUUUUCAAAAUCUGUUUCCUUGUCUUGGAGCACUAUAGUAAUCACGUAUUUAUGAAUCAUUGAAAUCGGAAUAUAAAGCAUGCCGCUUACCUAAAUUAUAUAGAAUACCCAUCAAUUUUUAAACCUUACAGCAAAGUGUGUUUAGUUAUUUAUAAUCAAACUACGAAUCAAAUUCUAUAAUCACUGACUUUUUAACAGCUAUCAGCACCAAAAAAUUCUUACUUUGGCUGUAUGUAUCAAGGAAUUUUAAGUGCCUUUAUUGCUUGGAGUGGCCCUUUUUAGCUGGGGGGCCAAGGCAAAAUGCCCCCCCCCCCCUUGGGUGGGCUGCCUAUCUCUUCAAAAAACUAAUACUGUUCUCCCUAGAGGUCCAGUAAGGGCCCAUCCCUCAUUGUGGUAGUCUUACUAUGGUAUGACCUAAAUGAAUCCAUCUAGGGAUGAGCCGAUAAGGAAAAUUGCCGAUUACUGAGGCCGAUUAUUUAUAAGCCGAUUAUCAUAACUAAUCGGCCGAUUAAUCGGUACCCGCCGAUUAUUUUAAAAAGCAAGCGAAAAAUCACAAGAUGACCAACAAUGAAGCUGUAAAUGCGGUUUUAUUGUUUACAAUACACAUUAUGUACAAUUGAAAACAGCUUCAAUCUUGCAUGUCAAUAGUCAAAGUUUAGUUUUGGCAGAUUAUGGUGUAAAAACAGGAUAUUUUCAGCUAUGCGGAGCUAGUCUGCUGCGUUUUUCAGUGGAUUGAAAUGUUCCCAGCUUCACUUUGCUCGAGACAAAAGACACGGGUUUUGCAAUAAAAUGUGAAAAUCUAUUCGUUUGUAUUCAGUAUUUUAGCAUGUGCUUGGCAGCUGCAGAAAAAGUCUUAUGGCCGAUUAUCAAGCAAUAAUCGGCCGAUUACCGAUUAUUUAAAAAACGGCCGAUUAAUUGGCUUUGCCGAUUAUUUACCGAUUAAUCGGCUCAUCCCUAAAUCCAUCUAACCAAGUAGCUGAUGCGACUGAGGCAAAAGUUGAAUCACAUCAUUCUUCACUACAAGAAUUGUAACAGUGUUCUGAUUUGUUUCAUUUACACAGGCUUACUUCAAAUGGAAGAGCAGGCUCAAAAUUCUGAACGUGUUGGUUUUGAAAGGGUUGGAGGAGACUGGUAUUAUCAUGAUGGACAAUGUAAGACACCUUGAAGAAAUAUUUCACUAUUUUCUGUGAAUGUUGCUAGGUUUUGAUAAAUAAAAUUAAUCGUGAUUAUUGUUAUAGCAAAAAAUGGCAACACAACUGGCAGGUCAAAUAUUCGAGACACAGAUUCUGAGUUUGUUAGACUGUCGAAGCAAGGUGGCCAUGAAGGUAUUAAAUGCUUGUUUGAAGAACAAUUACCAGUUGUUCCACUGCUGCAUCUGAUAAAUUGAUUACACUGUGUUUUAGGUCUUCUAAAGAUAGAUUCUGGUAGCAAAAAUGAUAAUCAAUUUGUCACCUCCCAUGGAAGAUGUAUGUACAUUUUUUUUACUUUGAAUUGUUUUUUCAAUGAAAUUAAACUUUGGUUCCACAGUGGUUUGCAGUCCUUGAAAUUUUCAGUGACAAACAGCAAUCGUAAUCAUUGUAAUCAGUCCUUAUAUCCAGGGGUUUUUUCAGGGACUUUUAGGGCUGUAAAACGGUCCCAAAAACCCAAUCUUGAAUUGAGUUUUGAAACUCGAUCUUCUUACUAAAAGUUUCAGUGAAGUAAAAAUGAAGUUGUGUGAGUUAAAUUCGUGACGUGUGGAAAUUAGUUUUCAGUUGGAAACCUGACAAUUAAGAAAAAAUGGCUGGAAUUCAUUUCACAACACAAGAAAACAACGCAUUCGCUAUCUUUAACCAGUUUAUAGUGUCCCUUAGUGCCCCUGCUUUAACACAUUGCAUCUCAACUACACUUUUUGGGUACAGGUGUCAGCCUCCCGUAGCUGCCCCACACCCCAGCUGUUCAGCUAAACUUAAUCUUCUCUACAAAAACGGACCCAAGAGAAAAUCCUGAAAAACCGUAUAUCUUAUUUUUAUCAACUGUGAUCUAAUACGAAGAAAAUAUUAUCCUAGAUAUGCGCAAGGAGGAAAGAAUGUCGCCAUCCAACUGUCCUCCAGCAGGAAUGAAACCUGCAGAUGUCAAUGUCUUCCCUGGCAAUCCAAUAUGGCUGGGAGGUAGUGGUCCAGAGAUGGGCUUUGUGCCUGGGAAAAGAUUUUCAAAGAAAGAAAAUAAAGAGUCUCCUUUUGCUGUGUCUUCAGACUGGAUGGGGUAGGUCGUGGCAUUCAGAGAUUUAAAACCUUUUUGAAGAACCCCUUUAUCUCUAACCAAUAGUGUUAGCGAGUCCAAAUGGUGGAUUGUAAGGCAUGAUAUCUCCUGCAGGAGGGCAAAUCUGGGAACAUUGUUCCAUAGCCAUGCAUGAUUUCCGAAAAUGGACAAACCAGGAAAUAUUGUUUCCUAGCCAUGUUUCCCGAAGGUUGGCAAACCAGGAAACAUUGUCUCCUAGCCAUGUUUCUCAAAAGUGAACAGACCAGGAAACAUUGUUUCCUCGCCAUGUUCUCCAAAGGUGGGCAAACCAGGAAACAUUGUUUUCUAGCCAAUAUUUCCGGAAGGUACUGACUACUGUGGACUUUCCUAAGUAAAUUUUAAUACUGAAUAUUUUUUCUUACUAGGACACAAUCUCGCAAUCCAGACAAGAUUUGACCAUUGGUACUCGAGGCCACGUCACUUUCACAUUACAUAAUCAGGCCACCUUCAUUAUUGGCUCUGAUUCGUUUUACUAGACAUAUAAAACUAUAUCAUGUCUGAAUAUUUGUGUUUUAUUAUAGCUGUAAAGGUUUAUAUAUUUCCCUAAAAUGUGAUAUGUUGUAUUUAUUUUAUAUAAAACUGUCAAGAAAGAGUUGAAAUUUUAUGUAAAAUAUGUCAAAUAUGAUAUUUAUAGUUUUAAAAUUAAUAUAUUGAAAUACA